GCCGGUGGUCUUCCUGUCGGCCGGACCCACGACUCAGCGUCCUCCGCUCCUCCGACAGCCCCCGGCCCGGCCCGCGCCCCAAGGAGUCUGCAUGUCCGUCUGAGGUCCGUCCGUCCCUCGGACCGCAGACAUGCUCAGCUUUGCGGACGCGCGCCUCUGGCUGCUGCUCGCGGCCACUUGGUGCCUGGCCGCAGCUCAGGCUGUACAGGAGCCACCCAGAGGAAGAAAGGGACCACAAGGAGAUAGAGGUCCACGAGGUCAAAGGGGUCCCCCAGGCCCUCCAGGCAGAGAUGGUGAAGAUGGUCCCCCAGGUCCUCCCGGACCCCCUGGUCCUCCUGGUCUUGGUGGGAACUUUGCCGCCCAAUACGAUGCUAGCAAAGGAUUGGACAUGGGCCCAGGACCAAUGGGUUUGAUGGGACCCAGAGGCCCCCCUGGUGCAAGUGGACCUCCUGGUGCCCAAGGCUUCCAAGGACCCGCCGGUGAGCCGGGAGAGCCUGGUCAGACUGGCCCCGCAGGUGCCCGAGGACCCCCUGGACCCCCCGGAAAGGCUGGUGAAGAUGGUCACCCUGGGAAGCCAGGAAGGCCUGGUGAGAGAGGAAUUGUUGGACCACAGGGCGCUCGAGGCUUCCCCGGGACUCCCGGUCUGCCUGGAUUCAAGGGAAUCCGGGGGCACAAUGGUCUUGAUGGACUGAAAGGACAAGCCGGGGCUCCUGGAGUCAAGGGUGAACCCGGCGCCCCCGGAGAAAAUGGGACCCCUGGUCAAGCGGGAGCCCGAGGCCUCCCAGGAGAGAGGGGACGCAUCGGAGGGCCCGGCCCUGCGGGAGCUCGCGGAAGCGAUGGCAGCGUCGGCCCCGUCGGUCCCGCCGGUCCCCUUGGCUCGGCGGGUCCCCCUGGCUUCCCAGGCGCCCCCGGCCCUAAGGGAGAACUCGGCCCCGUAGGCAACCCUGGCCCUGCCGGCCCUGCCGGUCCUCGUGGAGAGCUGGGUCUUCCCGGCAUGACUGGUCCUGUCGGUCCUGCGGGGAAUCCCGGUGCCAAUGGUCUGACGGGAGCCAAGGGGGCAGCGGGUCUCCCUGGCGUGGCUGGUGCCCCCGGUCUGCCCGGGCCCCGUGGCAUCCCUGGUCCUGCUGGUGCUGCUGGAGCUUCCGGUCCAAGAGGACUUGCGGGUGAGCCUGGUCCUGCUGGUUCCAAAGGAGAGAGUGGAAACAAGGGGGAGCCGGGCUCCGCCGGGCCCCAAGGCCCUCCCGGCCCCAACGGUGAAGAAGGCAAGAGAGGACCCAACGGAGAGCCAGGAUCCACGGGCCCCAUGGGACCCCCCGGCCUCAGAGGCGUCCCUGGAUCCCGGGGUCUUCCUGGAGCCGACGGCCGAGCUGGAGGCAUGGGUCCCCCCGGUAACCGCGGCCCCUCCGGACCUGCUGGAGCCCGAGGCCCCAAUGGAGAUGCCGGCCGGCCUGGCGAGCCCGGGCUCAUGGGCCCCCGCGGUCUCCCCGGCUCCCCUGGAAACGUCGGCCCCACUGGGAAGGAAGGCCCUGCUGGUCUCCCCGGGAUCGAUGGCCGACCCGGCCCCACAGGUCCUGCUGGGAACAGAGGCGAGCCCGGGAACAUCGGCUUUCCAGGACCCAAAGGCCCUAACGGCGAUCCUGGCAAAGCCGGAGAGAAAGGUCACGCUGGUCUCGCUGGUGCUCGGGGCGCCCCCGGCCCCGAUGGGAACAACGGUGCUCAGGGACCCCCCGGCCCCACGGGUGUCCAAGGUGGGAAAGGUGAACAGGGCCCCGCUGGUCCUCCAGGCUUCCAGGGUCUACCUGGCCCCUCGGGCCCCGCAGGUGAAGGUGGCAAAGUAGGAGAAAGGGGUCUCCCUGGUGAAUUUGGCCUCCCUGGCCCUGCUGGCCCAAGAGGUGAACGCGGUCCCCCCGGAGAAAGUGGAGCUGUUGGUCCUACAGGUUCCAUUGGAAGCCGCGGUCCAUCUGGUCCCCCGGGCCCCGAUGGCAACAAGGGAGAGCCUGGUGUGGUUGGUGCCCCUGGAAACGCGGGUCCCGCUGGCUCUGGUGGAGUGCCAGGAGAGCGUGGUGCAGCUGGUGUCCCUGGAGGCAAAGGAGACAAGGGUGAAACUGGUCCCAGAGGAGAAUUUGGAAACCCAGGCAGAGAUGGCGCUCGGGGAGCUCCUGGUGCCAUGGGCGCCCCAGGUCCCGCCGGAGCCACCGGGGAGAGGGGUGAAGCUGGUCCUGCAGGUCCUGUUGGUCCCACCGGGAACCGAGGAGCUCCUGGUGACCGCGGAGAGGCCGGGCCCGCAGGCCCCAAUGGAUUUGCUGGCCCUCCCGGCGCUGCUGGCCAAGCUGGAGCAAAGGGAGAACGCGGAACCAAGGGGCCCAAGGGAGAGAACGGCGUCGUGGGCCCCACCGGCCCUGUGGGCGCAGCUGGCCCCUCUGGUCCCAAUGGCCCCCCUGGUCCUGUUGGAGGUCGUGGCGAUGGCGGUCCCCCUGGGAUGACCGGCUUCCCUGGCGCUGCUGGAAGAACUGGAGCCCCUGGGCCUGCUGGUAUCACUGGCCCUCCCGGCCCCCCCGGUGCUGCUGGAAAAGAAGGGCCUCGAGGUCCCCGUGGUGACCAGGGUCCCCUCGGCCGUGCUGGAGAGACAGGCGCCGUCGGCCCCCCUGGUUUCGCUGGAGAGAAGGGUCCCCCCGGAGAGUCCGGUGCCAGUGGUCCCCCCGGCUCCUCGGGCCCUCAAGGUCUUCUCGGUGCUCCUGGCAUUCUGGGUCUGCCCGGCUCAAGAGGCGAGCGUGGUCUUCCCGGGGUCUCGGGCUCUGUGGGUGAACCCGGUCCUCUUGGCAUUUCUGGUCCUCCCGGAGCUCGAGGGCCCCCCGGGGCCGUGGGUAGCCCUGGCGUCAACGGCGCUCCUGGCGAAGCUGGGCGUGAUGGGAACCCUGGCAACGAUGGUCCCCCCGGCCGAGACGGUCUCGCUGGUCACAAGGGAGAGCGAGGCUACCCCGGCAAUCCUGGUGCUGUUGGCAAUGCUGGAGCUCCUGGGCCUCAUGGGACUGUGGGUCCUGCUGGCAAACCUGGAAACCGCGGUGAGCCGGGUCCUGUUGGCUCGGUGGGUCCUGUUGGUCCCUUCGGUGCAAGAGGUCCCAGCGGUCCCCAAGGUCCCCGAGGUGACAAGGGAGAAGUUGGUGACAAGGGACCAAGAGGCAUGAAUGGUUUCAAAGGACACAAUGGAUUCCAAGGCCUCCCUGGCAUUUCUGGCCAACAUGGCGAUCAAGGUGCUCCCGGAUCAACUGGCCCUGCAGGCCCCAGGGGCCCUGCUGGUCCUUCUGGUCCUCCCGGUAAAGAUGGUCGCCCUGGACAUGCAGGUGCCGUUGGGCCUGCUGGUCUGCGUGGUUCUCAGGGCAGCCAAGGCCCCGCGGGUCCUCCCGGCCCCCCCGGCCUGCCCGGUCCCCCCGGCCCAAGCGGCGGCGGCUACGACUUCGGUUACGAGGGCGAUUUCUACAGGGCUGACCAGCCUCGCACUCAGGCCUCCCUCAGACCCAAGGACUACGAAGUGGACGCUACUCUGAAAUCCCUCAACAACCAGAUCGAGACCAUCCUCAGCCCCGAAGGCUCCAAGAAGAACCCUGCCCGCACCUGCCGAGACCUGAGGCUCAGCCACCCAGACUGGAACAGCGGUUUCUACUGGGUCGACCCCAACCAGGGCUGCACCAUGGACGCCAUCAAAGUGUACUGUGACUUCUCCACCGGGGAGACCUGCAUCCAAGCCCAGCCUGAGAACAUCCCCGCCAAGGCCUGGCACAAUCCCAGGAGCCCCCAGGGCAAGAAGCACGUGUGGUUUGGGGAGACGCUCAAUGGCGGCACCCAGUUUGAAUACAACACGGAAGGGGUCACCUCCAAGGACAUGGCCACCCAGCUGGCCUUCAUGCGCCUGCUGGCCAACCACGCCUCCCAGAACAUCACCUACCACUGCAAGAACAGCGUGGCUUACAUGGACGCCGAGAGCGGCUCUCUGAAGAAGGCCGUCAUCCUGCAGGGCUCCAACGACGUGGAGCUCACCGCCGAGGGCAACAGCCGCUUCACCUACACCGUCCUGGAGGACGGCUGCUCCAGAAAGAACAAUGAGUGGGGAAAGACCGUCAUCGAAUACAAGACCAACAAGCCCUCCCGCUUGCCCUUCCUGGACAUCGCGCCUUUGGACAUUGGGGGCACAGACCAAGAACUCCGUUUGCACAUUGGCCCAGUCUGUUUCAAAUAACGAACUCACAGUAAAUUUACCAAAAGGAAAAGGAAAAAAAAAGACUCCCCCCAAUGUCCUCUCUUUGCCACUUCUCCUUCCUUUUUUGUCCUGAAAUCUGAUUCCUUCUGUUUCUUCUGCUCAUCUUCUGCUUAACUCCGGGCAAAAGAGAAGGGUCAGGAUCAUUGGAGCACCGUGCAAUGCAGUUUCCUACAGGGCCCCGACCCCCCCCUCCCCAAAGGACUGGAAGUGUCUCGACACCCUAACAUCUUGUGGUGGGAAGGUCCGCCUUUGUAAAGAACGAAUCCGAAACCGAAAAUAAAAAAUAAAAACCCAAACCGUUUGCACCACUUGUGGCCUCUGAGUAUCUUCCACAGAGGGCAGUCUAAAAGCCCGACUUCCAAAGGUGUAACCUACCUCAGGCACCCCCGUGAAGGUGCUCCCCACGCGUGAAGGUGCUCCCCACCCAGGUGCUGGAUAGAGGGCCACUCCUCCCUCUCCCCCCAAGGUGCUAGUUCUGCGGACGUCAGAGCGUCACGUCGAUACUGGAAGCCUGGCGCUGGUGCUAACGGACCCUGGAAGCCGCUGCUCUCUGCACUGUCUCUGUCCUGCUCCGGCCACUUGGGGGGAGGGCGGUCUCCACCCACGCCCUGGCCCCCCGCAAAGCAGGCAGCUCUUUUGCCCACCCUUGACGCCCCAGCAUUCAUCCUGUCCCCCCUCACUCUCGUCCUCUCCCCACCUCGCUCUCAUCCUCGUCAGGGGGUCCCGAGGAGCCUCCUCCUCAAGCAAGCCGAGAAAAGGAAAUUGUGCCUAUUUUGUAUAUGUGAGAUGUUUAAAUAAAUUGUGAGAAAACGAAAUAAAGCAUGUCCAGUGUUCCAAAGGAAA